AUGUUUGCCGGAGUAAUCGUUCGAAAGACCCAAGAGCACGGAGGCAUCAUCAAGCACCGAUCCAGGGGCGACGUUGACCACGCACUUCCGCCUGGCCCGCCUCCCCCGUACUCGGCGGAACGUGCAGCAUCGUGGGGUUCAUACUUCGCCGAAAGAUUGCCCAAGAAAGAGACUGCAGUCGUCGCCACCACUGCUGCAGCUAUCGGUUGCUCUCUUGCACUGGAAGGACCCUUGGGGUGGAAAGACAUCCUCUCGGCCGGCACUGGCGUGGUUGGGGGUGUCGUUGACAAAGUCUUAACCCGCAAACCCAAAGUGAGCAAGUUCGACGAGAAGGCGGUUCUGGCAUCCUACUACGCCUUCAUGCACAAUCAAGCGAUCACUACGACGCAUGCCAAACAGAUGGCGUUCGAAGCCGAGGAGCGCGCCAAAGAACGGGAGCACGAGAUGGCGGAGUUGGAGCGCAAGACGGCGCUGUUGAGGUUGACUGGGAGGUUGCAGCCCAUCGUUGCAGCUAUCGGCCAGACGACAACGUGGCCCCUCCCGAGACUGAAAGCGAAGUCUCCGGCACGCGCAGACUCAGCAUUGAGAUCAAGAAUCAGUGCUCUUUUGCCUGCACAUGGCGCUGAACCGAGCAUUACAAACUCCGAUGUCCUAAUCGGGGUCCCAACCGUGGCCUUCUGUGUCCGUGGCACAUUCCGAUCGCUUCUCUUCAAGGUCAGGAGACUACCGUCGCCGUCCCGAAUUGCCUGUGGGGGUCGCGCAAGAAAGGAGCACAUUGACCAGAAGGACGCGGGAUCGACAAGGGCCGAGGCGAGAGCCAAGGGCGAAUCGGCCGCGCGACUUGCCCAGAUGGGUCGUUGGUUGUUUGGGAUUCUAGCUCUCAUCUGGCGACGGGGUGGGCGAGUGCAGGUGGCAUUUGCAUCCACAAAAGGUGCUUUUGGCCUUGCUGCUGGCCGGGGGUUCUGGUGGGUGGCCAUCAACGUGCUCAAGGAGCAAGCCGACAUCGCCACGUACAAGGCGGACUUCUUGGAUCCACCAGGUCUCCCACAAGCACCACCAGCACCACCAGCACCACUCCAAACAUCACCGCCACCGCCACCGCCCCUGCCAGACUGGUAG